UUGGUGGAAUCAGCCCGUGGGCAGGGACAGGGUUAUCGGAAGUUUUUCAGGUGGAGACCAUGGGUUUCCUAUCAAAUGCUUUUCACCUUGACUGCUUUCAACCCACUUUUAAGGUCCGAGGCAAUGAAGAAGGUGGUAGUGAUCACCGGGGCCAGCAGUGGCAUUGGCUUGGCCCUCUGUGAGAGGCUGCUCUCCGAGGACGAUGGACUUCACCUGUGUUUAGCCUGCAGGAACCUGGGGAAGGCUGAAGCGGCCCGAGUCGCUCUGCUUUCUUCUCAUCCCACAGCAGAGAUCACACUUGUCCAGAUAGAUGUCAGUAACCUGCAAUCUGUGUUUCAGGCCUCAAGAGAACUCAAACAAAGGUUUGAUCGUCUAGACUACCUCUAUUUGAAUGCUGGAAUCAUGCCAAAUCCACAGCUGAAUUUAAAAGCACUUUUUUCUGGCCUCUUCUCAAGAAAAGUAUUUCAUAUGUUCUCGACAGCUGAAGGCUUGUUGACGCAACUUGACAAGGUCACUGUAGAUGGACUGCAGGAGGUGUUUGAAACCAAUGUCUUCGGCCACUUUAUUCUGAUCCGGGAGUUGGAGCCUCUGCUUUGUCGUCCUGACAUUCCAUCUCAGGUGAUCUGGACGUCUUCUAGCAAUGCCAAGAAGUCUAAUUUCAGCCUAGAAGAUUUCCAGCACAUCAAAGGCAACGAACCCUACAGCUCUUCUAAAUAUGCCGCUGACCUUCUGAGUCUGGCUUUGAACAGAAAUUUUAACCAGCAGGGCCUGUAUUCCAGUGUUGUGUGCCCAGGGACUGUGUUGACGAAUUUGACUUAUGGAAUUCUGCCACCUUUCAUCUGGAUGCUAUUGACUCCAGUCAUUUUUUUGCUGCGCUUUUUUGUAAAUUCUUUAACAACCACACCUUACAAUGGAGCAGAAGCUUUGUUAUGGCUUUUCCGACAAAAGCCUGAGUUUCUGAAUCCCUUGACCAAAUAUCACAGUGCUACCACGGGUCUUGGAAACAAUUAUGUAAACCCUCAGAAGAUGGAUCUGGAUGAAGAAACUGCUGAAAAAUUUUACCAAAACUUGUUGGACCUGGAAAAACGCUUUGGGGCCAUCAGAGCCAAGGCACUGGAUAGCAGGAGUCAAAAAUGAGUUUCUUAGAACCAUUAAAUGCUUUCAUUGUGA